GUUUACUUUGGUCUUAGAUUGACGUGGCUGCCUCAAACUGCCUUCAUUUUCGUUCUUUUUUUUUUUAGAAAAAAACAAGAAUAAAAAUAGUAAUAAUCCCACUAAAAAGAAUCAUCAGAAGAAAAAAGACUCAUAAAUCUAGGGCUUUCUUCUAGAGAUCGAAGAAGAAGAGUUCACAUAGAGAGAUUUUGUUCGUUUCGAGAUUUUCUUCAGUCCCAAUGGCGUCAAACACCAGCAACGACAAUUUCCAGCAUAGACCACGGCAAAGAAACGGACCACCUCCUCCGCGGCGACAGGGAAGAAAUCCGCCGCCUCCGUCUUCGUCAACGCGAACUUCUCAGAAUCAGCCACCACAGCAUACGCCGCAGGAGAAGAAGAAACCGGUGUUUGUCAAAGUGGAUCAGCUUAAACCUGGAACGAGCGGCCACACUUUGACUGUUAAAGUCGUCGAUCAGAAUUCCGUACCUCAGAAACCGGGAGCUGCUUCUUCUUCUCAUCUCCGACCUGCUAGGAUCUCUGAGUGUCUUGUUGGAGAUGAGACUGCUUGCAUCCUCUUCACUGCUCGCAACGAUCAAGUGGAAUUGAUGAAACCAGGAGCUACUGUGAAUCUUCGGAAUGCAAAGAUAGAUAUGUUCAAGGGAUCAAUGAGGCUUGCUGUUGAUAAAUGGGGUCGCAUCGAGGCCACUGAACCAGCUGACAUUACUGUUAAAGAAGACAACAAUCUGUCCCUUGUGGAGUACGAGCUCGUCAAUGUCGUUGAGGAAUGAUGUCUGACACCCCAUGUCUCUAAUAGGUGAUAUAUCAAGUGCCACAAUGAAUUUUGUUUUGCGGUGAACACCGUUGCGGGUAAAAUAUAUUUAUCUUAUGAUGUUGCAAGUUUGCUAUAUUUAUCUACCAGUUGAUUUGUGUUGAUCUCGGGUUUGGUAUUCGGUAUGUACUCUUUCAGCUGUGGAUGCUUCUGUAACCUCUCUACUUUUGUAUGGUCUUUAAAGAGAAGGUUAAUGAAAAAAUUGGUGAAUUUGUGUCCAAAAUGUCUUUGCAAAUUAGUCAAAUCCGAUACACAGUUUUGAUUGUGAAACACCCUCAAAAAUAAAGAAGCUAGACUUGGGUAGUAGUCAGAAUUUGCUAAUAAAUAAUAACUGUUACUGAACCGGUUGGUCCUUACAAAUCUCUAGGGUUAGAGUCGAAUAGAAUUCCAUAAGAUUCCUUCGUUACUUGACAAUCUUGAAGGUCAAAACCGGAUCUUAUGACCCAAGACGAAACAUGACACAGCUACUGUCACUUCAUCACCUUGCUGCGAACUGCAUCCAUUCUUGCCCUUCAUUUGAGAUUCUUCAUGCAUCAUCGAUGCAAUCUGAGCAAAUAGAACAUCAUCAUAUCAGUAUCGAGAAAACAUAACCUCAUGUGUUGCAGGAUUCAUGAAAGUUUCUAUUGGCAAUUCAUG